GCUGCAGCAAGCGGCUUGUUUGUGUGUCUCUCUCCCAGAAGCUGUGGAGGCGGGGCCUGAGAGGCGUGGCCUGCCCCUUCGAAUUCGGAUUGGAUUCCCGCAGGGAGGUAGGCGGGCACAGGGUGGAGCUUCCGAUAACAACACUCGGAAGCCGGGCUGGGGCUAUUUGUUGCUGCGCCGUCUCCGCCCGAGUCAUAGUCCGCGCUCUUCUGUGGCUCUCUUAGCAGCAGCAGCCGCCGCCGCCGCCCUAUGAUCACUGCCUUCACUUCCUCUUUCUCUUCCUGCCGAGCUGCCUGCCUCCUAGCGCUAUGACUGUCGUCUCUGUCCCGCAGCGGGAGCCGCUCGUCCUGGGCGGCCGUCUUGCCCCGCUUGGCUUUUCCACCCGCGGUUACUUCGGGGCCCUCCCGAUGGUGACCGCGGCACCGCCGCCUUUACCUCGGAUCCCAGACCCCCGGGCACUGCCUCCAACCCUCUUCCUCCCUCACUUCCUGGGGGGAGACGGCCCCUGUCUGACUCCCCAGCCUCGCGCUCCAGCAGUUCUGCCCAAUGGUAGCCUGGCCGCUGCGGGAGGCACCCCGCGGGCAGCGCCGAAGAAGCGGCGAAAAAAAAAGGUGCGGGCCAGCCCGGCGGGGCAGCUACCCAGUCGCUUCCAUCAGUACCAGCAGCACCGGCCGAACCUGGAGGGCGGCCAGAGCCCGGCGACUGGCCGGAGCGGAGCGCAGGAGGUCCCGGGCCAGGCCACCGUCUCGGUCCCGAAUCCUGCAGCCGCAACCAGAACUGAGGAAGCGAGCCCCGUCCCUGGGCCGCUGCGGCCCGCGGUACCCGGCCAACCCCCGCUGAGAAAAGAGGUUUUAAAAUCAAAGAUGGGAAAAUCGGAGAAAAUUGCCUUUCCCCACGGCCAGCUUGUUCAUGGUAUACACUUGUGUGAACAACCAAAGAUAAACAGACAGAAAAGCAAAUAUCACUUGCCACUAACCAAGAUCACCUCUGCAAAAAGGAAUGAAAAUAACUUUUGGCAGGAUUCUGUUUCGCCUGAUAGAAUUCAGAAGCAGGAAAAAAAGCCUUUUAAAAAUACUGAGAACAUUAAAAAUAUGCAUUUGAAGAAAUCACCAUUUCUAACUGAAGUGAGCCAAAAGGAAAAUUAUGCUGGGGCAAAGUUUAGUGAUCCACCUUCUCCUAGUGUUCUUCCAAAGCCUCCUAGUCACUGGAUGGGAAGCACUGUUGAAAAUUCCAACCAAAACAGGGAGCUUAUGGCAGUACACUUAAAAACGCUCCUCAAAGUUCAAACUUAGAUUUCUGAUUUCACUAUGUGUGUAAAACAGUUUUCCCCAAAUCUUUGGACUCUUAAAAAAAUUGGUACAGAAAUGGAAAUUUGCCUUGUUGCAACCUAUAGGUUCAAAAGAUGAGCUUAAAAAGUUACAAACAGCUUGUAUUAUAUUUUAUAUUUUGUAAAUACUGUAUACCAUGUAUUAUGUGUAUAUUGUUCAUACUUGAGAGGUACAUUAUAGUUUUGUUAUGAAAGUUAUGUAUUUUGACCUGCCAAUGUGGUAGGUGUUUUGUAUAUAUACAGUGGAGAAAUUUUAAGUGUGUGCUCUAAGGCACAUGGAAGACUGAUUUAUUUGCACAAGGUACUGAGAUUUUUUUUUUUUUCCAAGAAACAGCUCUCAAAUCUCAAAAGUGAAGAUCCAAAUGUGAAGUUUACUAAUGCACUACUGAAGUUUAAAUCUGUGGCACAAUCAUUGUAAACAUGGGUUUUGUCUGUUUUCCCAAAAUUGAUUUCUGCCUUCUGAUCUGUAAUUACUGGAAAACUAUUCCCAUUUUUGCCAAACUUAAUUUCUGAGUUUUGGUACAUAAGCCAUUAUUCAAAUUUAAAAUGACUCUAAUUUUAAUGCCAACAAAAUUGGUUGUAAUCAAAUUUCAAAGUAAUAAUAAUAAUUUGGCCCCCCCCUUUUAAA